ACAGUGGUGGGGUGGGUGUUUGGGCUGAAUGUUGGUCAACAUUCCCUUCGAACUUCGACAGCCAGUGACAGUAAAUUUUCUCUUUUCUCUUCUCAUUGUUAAAUAUCCUGGUUCAAAUUAUUCUGUGUACUCGGGUUGAUAAGUCUGUCAAAAAGAAAGCUGGUUGAGAACCUCUGAAAUUGGGAUGUUAUUUCGAAGUUAGGUUAUGUUCACGAAAUCAACGUAAUUAUACCAAUUAAUACUUUAAAUUGUAACUGUCUGACAUGGAUAAGCUCGAAGCAGAGGCUCGAGCUACUGCUACUAAACAUGUCAUCAAUAUGCUCCAGCGCGCUGGGCAGUUGGAGAAAGUGGAGCAGUAUAAGAGACGGGUAUCCAGGAAAAAAGCAUCAGUUGAAGCCAUGCUGAAAACAGCAAUGCAAAGCCAGUUGGAUGGCGUGCGAGUAGGACUGGAUCAACUACAGGUUUCUUUGAGUGAAAUUAAGGAAAUUAAAGACAGCUUAAAAACAAUGGAUCAAUUGUUUUGCGAAGUACCAGCUCUCUGUGAGAACCUGCAAGACGUCAGAGAGGAAAACAGUCGCCAUUCGCAAUACGUGACUGCAAUGGAAAACUUGAAACAUAUAUUUACUGUUCCAGAGUGUGUUGAAAAAACAAAGCAAUGGAUAAGUGAAGGCGACCUCCUUCAUGCUAGACAGAGCUUGACAGAUCUGGAGAAUUCGAGGGAUGAUCUAUUGUGGGAACUACACAAAUCACCAAACCAAUCUGCGGCAGACUGUGUUCUACUGAAUGCUUACUUUGAAGAUGUUGAAGAAUUGAGCAGCCUGCUGGAGAAACAAGUUCGCAUAGUCUUAGGGAGAACAUUGAAUACAGUCCGGAAAGAGCCCACAAUUAUUGUUACUGCCCUUCGUAUCGUAGAAUGGCAAGAAAUGCAGGAUGAAUUUGCAGCUCAGCGUGAAAGACAGAGCGGUUUCAAACCACCUGGCCGACCAAAGCACUGGAGAAAAAUGGCUAUGGAUGUUCUGGAGCGAUCUGUAGCCCAGCGUAUAGAAGGUACUCAUGUUGAUGAAAGGGAUGAAAAGAUGUGGCUUGUUCGAUACUUAGAGCUGACACGUUUACUCAUUCUUGAGGAUUUGCGGGUAGUUAAAACACUUUGUGAGCCAUGCUUUCCUCCAUCUUGGAAUAUUGUUGAGAAAUAUGUAGAAAUGUAUCACAACUGCCUCUCUGGACAUCUGGAAGAGUUGGUGCAAAGUGGCUUGGAGGGAAAUGAGCUUGUCUCUAUGUUGGCAUGGACCACAAACACAUAUACUGGUCCUGACCUGAUGCAUCAUCCUGAGCUAUCCUUUGACACAUCACAUCUUGGACCAUUAUUGUGUGAAGCAACAGUAAAUGCCCUGCAGGACAAGUAUCUACAGGUGAUGGAAAAUAACUACCAGGAAUGGAUGAGGAAGACCCUGGAAGCGGAGCAAGCUGAUUGGAGAGCUGGUGUGGCUCCUGAAGGUGGUGAAACUGAUGGUUUCUUUCACACAUCUGCCCCUGUCAUUAUUUUCCAAAUGAUAGAUCAAAAUCUUGUUGUGACAAAGACAAUCAGUCAGGAGCUGACGCACCGUGCCCUCCUGCUAUCCAUGGACCAAGUGACACAAUAUGGUCGCCUGUACAGAUCUGCAAUCAUCACCUUCAAAAGUCGUCAUUUUGAAGAUCGCAGUCAAGUCCCUUUCUUUACUCAUUACAUGAUAACUAUUGUAAAUAAUUGCUCUAGAUUUGUGGAGUUGGCAAAACAGCUGAAAGCUCAAUAUUGGCGGCCCGGUGUGCAUGACAGGGACUCAGCUGUAAAACUUGAGUUGCUUUUGAGUACAUUCCAAAAUCUGAGGAAUGAAGCAGCACAAUUUUUACUGGAGGAGGCUUUCCUUGACUUGGAUCUUCAUUUCAAAGACAUUGCUACCCCAAAAUGGCUCAGCAGCUCCAUCCCAGUGGACACAAUUUGUGUAACUCUUGAGGAUUAUUUUCAGGAUUAUGUGCACCUUUGUGAGAAGAAUUUUGAAUUGGUUAUAACUGAAGCUCAGAAUCACGUUGCACGGCGGUACCUUACUGCCCUGCUGCAACGUAAGCUAUCACUGAAGGAGCUGGAUCAGAGACGAAAGUUAGCUCAGAAAGUUACCCAUGAAGCAGAUCAACUAAAAGCUCUUUUCUUACGGGUUGCUCCUAAUAUACUAGCAACAGAUUCACCAUUGGAUGCAGUCAAGGCCUUGACUGAAGUUAUUCGUUCAGAAGAUGCAGAAAUGUUAUCUUUGGACUUGUUACUAGUGAUUGAGAAGUACCCUGACUUAACAGAGGAACAACUGCGUCGUCUUUUAUCUUUGAGAGGUGACAUCACUCGCCAAGACAUCGAAGACAAGCUCAAAGUAAUGAAAGAUAGUAAUGAAAACCAAAGCAGAAACAAACGACUCUCAAGUCCUCCAAGUAUUUUUUCACAGAUAAAACUUUCAUGAAAAUGUGAAUGUGAUUUCCUUCUGAAUUAUAUUAUUAUUGUUGACUAUAAAUAAUA